AAUUUUUUUGACAGUGCCGCCGAUCUACUGGGCUUGAUAUCUCGGUGGGAGGUGAAGAAGCUAGAAGUAGCUUUUCAUAAGCCCCUGUAAGGUUGGGUGAAUCACAAUCUUGAAUUCAGAAAUAGCGAAUUAUUCAGAAAUGUUGGUAACAAUCAGACAGGCGAGGCAGAAAACUAGAGCCCUCUUCAAUCAUCCUCCAUAUGCCCAAUCCGCCAUUAGCAAGAAUACCCUUUUGUUCUAUCUAUUUUACUCCACUAAUACUCCUUUUGCCGCCUCCUCAAAGGCAAUCCCUUCAUACCCAUAUCCCUUUUUACCUGUUUCUUCAAAUGUUUUGUCAACUUCAAGAAUCGGCGAAUUGCAGCAGAAAGAUGUUGUUUUAUCCUUUAAGGAGUGGUUCAUGACCAGAAAAAAUCCACUCUUUGAUCAGAUCUUUGAGAUAUUACGAACCAAAGAUGAUAUUACCGCUGAUAUAUCAAUGUCGAGAUUCAAUCUUCGACUCUCUGAGGCAUUGAUUCUUGACGUGUUAAACUAUGAGAAAAAUAAAGAUGUAUUGUCGUGUUUGAAAUUCUUUGAUUGGGCGGGUCGACAACCGGGUUUUCAUCAUACUCGUUCUACUUUUAAUGCCAUUUUCAGGAUUUUAGCUAAGGCCAAAAUGAUGUCUUUGAUGGCUGAGUUCUUGGAUAAGUAUAUGAAGCAAAGGUAUUUCCAUAAAGCUAGGUUUUACAAUACUUUGGUAAUUGGGUAUGCGGUGGCAGGCAAGCCUGAGCUUGCACUCCAACUGUUUGGUAGAAUGCGGUUUCAGGGUGUUGAUUUGGAUGCAUUUGCUUAUCAUGUGUUACUUAAUGCUUUGGUGGAGGAUGGAUUCUAUGAUGGGUUUGAGAUGGUUUUGAAGCAGAUUAAAUUUAGAGGUUUUGAGGAUGCAAUAACACAUGCUAUAUUCGUUAAGAGUCUUUGCCAGCAAACAGAGCUGGAUAGAGCUGAGGACUAUCUUAGAGGGUUGUUGAGGAAUGGAGGGGUAGGAUUGAGUGGGAUUGUCGUGGCUAAUCUUGUGGAUGCUUUAUGUAAAAAUAAGCAGUUCACAAGAGCUGCAAGUUUGGUGCAGGAAUUUAGAGAGUCUGGUUUGGUUCCAAUGGAACAGGCAUAUAGUGUGUGGAUUAAGGACCUUGCUCAGGCUGGGGAGCUAAGUGAGGCAGUUGAAUUCUUGAAAGGCAAGAAACUGGCUGAUGGGUAUGUCCCUGACGUUUUUCGCUAUAACAGCUUAGUGUGUCGGCUUUUAAGAGAAAACAGGCUGGAGGAGGUUUAUGACUUGUUGAUGGACAUGAAGAAUCAAGAUAUAAUACCUGAUGAUGUCACCAUGAAUGUAACUUUGUGCUUCUUCUGCAAGGUGGGGAUGGCAGAUGUUGCCGUCGAGCUAUAUGACUCGAGAGCAGAAUUUGGCCUCUCUGUAAGCAGUAUGACCUAUAACUAUCUUAUAAAUACUUUAUUAGGUGAUGCAAGUGUUGAUGAAGCAUAUCUCGUGUUGAAGAAUGCCAUUCAACAAGGUCAUUUCCCCGGUAGGAGGACAUUUUCUAUUAUUGCUGAUGCUCUUUGCCGAGAGGGGAAGCUUGAUAGAGUGAAAGAGUUGGUUCUUGCUUCUCUGGAACGGAAUUGCGUGCCCAGUGACUCAACCUAUAACAAGUUCAUAUCAGCCUUAUGUAGGGCCAGCAGGGUGGAAGAUGGAUACUUGGUACAUGGAGCACUCAGCAGAUUCGAUAAGGUUACUAGCAAGACUACUUAUUUUGACUUGAUUAGUGGCUUUAACAAGUCAAGCAGGGGAGAUAUUGCAGCAAGAUUGUUAAUAGAAAUGCAAGAAAAAGGUCAUAGUCCAGACCGGCGAUUAUACAGGGCGGUUAUUUGCUGUUUAUGUCAAAUGGAGGAUCCAGAUAAGCUAUUUUACAGUUUAUUAGAGGUUCAGUUGUCUCGGCAUGAACCUAGCUGCCUUGUUUAUAAUUACUUCAUUGAUGGAGCUGGUCAUGCUGGAAAACCUGAGCUGGCCAGAGAUGUAUAUGAAAUGAUGAAGAGAAACGGUAUCACACCAAAUUUGCAGUCUGACAUUUUAAUCUUGCAAAGUUACUUAAAAGCUGGAAAAAUUGCUGAUGCCUUAAAUUACUUUCGUGACUUGUCAAAUAGAAGAGGUCUAGGAAGAAAACUAUGGAAUAACAUGGUUGUUGGGCUUUGUAAAGCUAACAAGCCUGGAAAUGCAUGGAACAUGUUCUGGGAGAUGAGGUCAACUCAUUUGAGGCCAAGUAUGGAAUGCUAUGAGGAACUUGUUAAGUUGCUUUGCUCACAUAGAGAUUAUUAUAAGGCUAUUCUUCUGGUUGAAGACUUGAUGCAAGUUGGUCGUCAGGUUUCAUCCUUCAUUGGCAAUGUACUUUUGUUACACUCGUUACAAACUCAUAGAGUCUUUAGUGCUUGGAUGCACUCAAGAGACUUGCGCAAUACGAAGGAUCACAGCUUAGCUCUAGGCGAUCUGAUCAAGACUUUCUCUGGUGGUAGUGAUCUGGAGAGUGAUAUUUUGCAAAUUGAAGAACUGAUUCGACAAUGUUUUCCUCUUGACAUCUACACUUACAAUUUGUUGUUGAGAAAACUAACUAUAAGCGAAAUGGAUCUUGCUUGUAAUUACUUUGAGAGAUUAUGCAAGAAAGGAUAUGAGCCAAAUAGAUGGACUUAUGACAUAUUAGUUCACGGUUUCUUAAAAGUUGGCCGGUCUUCUGAGGCUAGAAGAUGGAUGGAAGAAAUGUUCAGUAAAGGUUUUGAUCUGACUGAGGCUACAAAGACAUUUGUUUAAACUAUUGAUGAAUCUCAUUCAAGAUGUAAUGGGGUUCCUCAUUCAGGUUGGUCUGCUUGGCUGUGAUUGUUGAUGUGGCUGUCUGAAAGUAAGCUGGUGGCACAUGAAACAUAAAUAGAAAUAUUAGUGCAUUUGAAGAUGGAGUACUAUUGGUAUCGGUUGUCCUGAUUCCUACAGAGUUAUGGGGCCAGGCUGGAAAAGUUCUCUGGGUUUAAUGCAUGAGUCAGUGAAGUAACCAUUAUAAUGGGUGCCAUGUCCUGUGCUCUGAGUGAAUCUUAAAGGUAGAGAAGCAGUAGCAGGAACAUGGAGAAAAGCCUCAUCAGUGUGAUGCGAACUGAUUAACAAGCUUACUUGGUUCAGGUUUGAAACUGCUUGAGCUGAUCUAAUAUCUUUGGCAUGUUGUGGAAUCUACCUUGAAUUUUGACCAUUCACCAUUCUAUUUGGCCCCGAUGAUAACCAAGCUUCUGCUAGGUGGCCCCGAGAAAGGAGAGAGGACCCCGAGAACUGGAAAGACAACUGCUCUACUUCUAUCCAUCACACCUUUUCUUGAGGUAGUCACAACUUUAUAGCAACGUGGAAGGUGCCUUGGUCCAUGUAAAUGUCAUCUGGCCAAAGGCACUAGUUCAUUGCUAUUAGAUUCAGCUAUAUUUAUGUCUUGCAGGUCAUCAUCAACUUCAUGGCAAGCAGCCAAAUGAAAUUAAGGGUGCUGCUCCUAGUAAUUUCUGACCGUGCUUUGAUCCUGGAACAGUCAUUUUGUUGCUCAGGCCUUUCAAUCUUUCUCUGCCGCUUGUAAUUAGCCCUGGGGAAUACUUGAGUGUCUAGCCUGCGGAAGCUUGAAACGCGUCUUCCAUGAUGGCGUUGUUUUGAUAAACUACUCUACUUGGGGUCCUCCUUGAUAGUAAUAAGAUGAGCUUAUUUGAUGUCUCGUCUGAGUUCUGACAUAUAGAAGACUUACUAUUUAUUGCAGCAGACUCGAUGUUUCUUUGUGCUUUUGGGUCUGGGAAUCUCACUUCUAUCAUGAAGAUCUAUCAGGGAUGACCUGCAACUGAGAGAGCUUACUUGUACAUCGUCCCAGCUUUUAUGCUUGAUACAUCCCACAAUGCUUUUUGUACUUUUGAUAUAAAUAUUAGUUUAUUCUUUUCUUUUUUGUUUGA